AUGGAGAGUAUUUGUCAAUUUUCGCCAUUAUGGCGAAGGUCAGAACUGGUUUCAAAACCUCAGAGAGCUAUAGAAGAACUUCGCCUACAGUCUCUCAAGCUAUUUCUGAAUAGACACCGUUCUCAAGAAGUCAGAAAUCUUACAUUGAACGGUACGCCAUUCCAGAGCCCAUCUCAAGGGAACGAAAUUCUCCAAAGAAUCCGUGAUAUCAGCAUGGUUUUGCGCACCAGUCCUAUUGGCAUUGUCGAGGCCACUUUGAGAGUGUGGUAUGCCAGCUCGGUGCCAGUUUUCACACGGGAUCCGCAAGAUGGUCUCCCUCUGGACUCUGCAAUGAGAGACACUAGCAACGGUGUAUCCACGCUUACUUGGAGUCGUUCUUAUUCCACUGAGCAACAUGAAGUUGGAAACCUGGGGCUCAUGGCAAUGCUGAUGACUUCCGAAAACUGGCUACCUCCAAAGCAUCCAAAUCUAAAGGCCGCUUCUCUUGUCUCCAGUGCAGUAACCACAAUACUUUUCGCUUCAUAUCUCAUAUGUCCUCAGGUGUUGCGGUCCCCUGGGUCUCUCAGCACUACUAUGGGGCAAACCGACGAAGCCUUAGCGUUGUUCAUCAAAGCAUCCUAUCAGGUUGCUUGUGAAAACUUCGAUAAGUUUGAUAGCCCACCUGGAAGUGAGUUUGGUGCUACUCCAGAUGAGGUGAAGCUCAGUCAUAAUGGCAAUCGUUUUUUAACAAAAAUUGGAUGCAAUACCUGGUCUGAGCCAGCAUACUGGCACCCUUGUCGAAAGGUUCCCGGUUCUAAUUGGAAUAAAUUUAUUCGAAACUCUAGCCGUCCGAUUUUUCCUACUACAUCUCCACUGAGAAAUGAGCUGGUUGUUGUUCUUCCAAGCACAUUGUUUGGCCUCGCUCAACCCUGGGCGGUUUACUACAAUAUGCUUCGUGUUAGAUUUUCUCUAGUAAGUUCUUUCUAA